CCGCCCCACCCCGCGCGCCUCUGCCGCCUCUUCCUGAGCCCCAGCUUGCCGAGCGGCCGCCGCUGCCGCUGUCGCCGCCGCCGCCGCCACCGCGCCAGGUUCCGGCCGCGGCCACCCUCCGCCGUCCAGGGCCCUUCCGUCCCGGCCCCGGGACCCCGACUCCCCGCCAGCGCCGGCCCCGGCCCCGGCACCAUGUCGGAGAAGAGCGUGGAGGCAGCGGCCGAGUUGAGCGCCAAGGACCUAAAGGAGAAGAAAGAGAAGGUGGAGGAGAAAGCAAGCCGGAAAGAGCGCAAGAAGGAAGUGGUGGAGGAGGAGGAGAACGGAGCUGAAGAGGAAGAAGAGACCGCCGAGGACGGCGAGGAGGAGGAUGAAGGAGACGAGGAAGAUGAGGAAGAAGAAGAAGAUGAGGACGAAGGGCCCGCGCUGAAGAGAGCUGCUGAAGAGGAGGAUGAAGCGGAUCCCAAGCGGCAGAAGACAGAAAAUGGGGCGUCGGCAUGAGCCCCCUGCCAGUGGGCUGGGGGUGGGAGGCCCCUCGGGGGCCCGGAGGGGAGGGUAGGGACAGCCGAGCACAGCCGCUCUUCACCUGGCUCCCUGCUCUGGGCCCCGCGCCAGAGCUGCCGCCCUCUCUCUCCCCAGCCUUCUCAUGCCGCCCCUCCACACACUGCCCCCUCCACCCUCACUGCCAUCUUCCACCUCCUGACCUGCUCCAUCUGAGCUCCCCAGCUGGUCCCCAGUGGCCCCCUCCCUCUCCCCGCUCUCUUCCUCCAUCCCCGCAGCCGACCCCACCCUCCUCUGGGAGCCUCUCCUUCCAAACUGCAUCCCACCCUCACGUCCUGCCCGUCCCUACCCUGCCUGAUCCCUGGGUCUCCCUCAGAUCUCCUUCUCUCAGACAGCGCCAGGCCGGGGUGGGAACAGGGUUGGGGCCGAGCCCCACAGCUGCCCCCCUUCCCUCCCCUUUUUGUAUAAUUUAAUAAAGAAACGGUCGCGCUUCUGUUUUUAA